AUGUCUGUUGCAGACGUCAUUGUUCCUCAAGAUGAAACUGGGAUGCCAUUUAUUUCUGGAGCCCGGGGCCAAAAAACUCCGUAUCCUAUUCUACGGCCGAUUUGUUUACCUGGAGACGAGUCGGCAGUCGUGGAACGAUAUCGCGACACGUACGGGCGGUAUUGUCCAAAGCUGUAUCAGCGCUCAAAGGAUGCCGACAAAGCGCGGCCGCUACGGACGGCAUUAGCGAACCACCCCCGCGUAGGGUUGGCUGCUACAAAGCUUUGUGAUGUGCGUUUUUCACCAGCGGAGCUGAAGGGUUAUGAUUCCGUACUAGACAUGCUACGAUCGCAACGCAGCGAUCCAUACACGAAUAUUUCAUAUGUGGUUUCUCGCCAUGCAGCGUGCGGGUGGGAGCAGGGCCUGUGCGCCAUGAGCCACACUCCUGGAGGCGGCCACCCGCAAGGUUGGGAACACAAGCUUGCAGACCGGUCGUCGCUGCCACCAGCACCAGGGGAGGAGAAAACAAAAUCUCAAUCCAAACAUGUGUUCACACAGCCUCAUCUCUCUAAGGCGGGCGCUAUGUGGUGGCGCGAAGAGACGGAAGGUUCUUCCGGCAGCAGUGCGCGAUCACCAGCCUCGCCGCCCUACGUGCGUUGGGCCAGAGCCCUGCACUUCCUUCUUGAGGACGCGGAAGGGGUCCGUCUUUUCCGCAAAUUCGUGUGUGGCGCUGGUGGGCUCCACGUGGACCGCCUCAACUUCUACUUCGCGGUGCAUGGUUUGCGCCAGGAGACUGAACCGUCCAAGAUACGCCAGGUCGUUUCCGCUAUAUAUAAAUUCCUGCGCAAAUCCCAGCUAACGAUGCCUGAAGCACUGAAGACGCAAGUGAAGCAGGCUCUCAAAGAUGGCGUCACCAUCGAAAAAACCAUCUUUGACGAAAUGGAACAAGAGGUGACGCGCGCCAUAACCGAAACGACGUACCAAGCAUUCUUGCGCUCUGAGGCAUACGUGUCGUAUGUCAGUGCUGCCACCCAACCGCUGUCAUCGCCAGAUGCGUCGCCGCCCCACCAUAAGGAGAUGUCGGUAUGCGGUCUGGCAACACUGCACGAGGGCCAAGAACUGUCCGGAGCGAGCGGAAAUACGAGCUCAAGCACUAGUGCACGUCUCACGCAUGACGCGCUGCUAGCAACACAGGCGCGUCGACUCCACUCAGACGUCGCACCUCAUCGUCAUAAGCGGUCAGUGUAUAGCGCUCACGUGUCGUACGCGGGAUACACGCCAACAUCGCGCCAGGAUUCGGAACGAGCCAGUCUUAGCAGCGGUCGCACUGAUAGUGAUGCUGUCUCCCUCUCCGGUAGUAGCGUAGAUGGCAUGUCUGUGCGAGGUGUCCGGGACAACAGAGAGUCCCGUCAUCGGCAGCGACUCUAUGGAUUGGACCGGCAAGCUGUUAUCAACAAGGAGCUAGAUACAGCAUUGAUGAUCCCCCGAACGCAGCGAGUGCAGUCCGAGCAGCUGCGCGUUCUGCCGCCUGAUGAAUUCGCUCCGCUGCUCAUUGAGAAACUGGAGAGAGUUCGCCGGGAACGAGAGAACAAAGAGAGACUGGAAAGAAGACUCGCAGAAGGUGACGGUGAAGAAACAUCCUCACAAGUACUACCGCCGCAGCUGGUGGCAGCCGCUAUACGGGAAAAGUUGCAGCCGGACGACGAUAACGAUCAAGAUAUUUUAGAUCAACAUGUUUCCCGCGUGUGGUCGGAACGUACCCCGGGGGCGUCGCCACCGGGCGGUCGGCGCACGCGCAGACAGCCACGCCGAGCUCCAUCUUGCCUCUCCGCAGACUCUGGGCACUACGAUGAGCCCCCACAUUUAGCCACACGCAGAUCCUUCUCGAAGAAGACCGUGACAGAGUUGACCGACAGCGGCGUCUCCGUGGUGAGCGAAGGCUGCGCGAGUGGGCUCAGCGCCGCGAGCGAGCCUCGCAUUCUUCUAUGGAUAGCGGAAGGGGAACGGGUCGAGAAACGCGCUUCGUCGGCCGAAAGGCACAGGCGCACGGCGCGUGGUGGUGGAAGUAAAUCCAGCAGCACGAGCGGCGGUGCCAGCGGCGCAGGCGAGCAACCCCUACAACCGCAGACUGUGGUGGUCGCCCAUUUCCUAGACGAGAGUGUGCCUUACCGUUUCAAGGUGCCCGCUAGUCCAUUGACUUUGAAGACCUUCAAGGAGUACCUGCCUAGAAAAGGGAACUACAGGUAUUUCUUUAAGACGGAGUGCGCUGAUUUAGACAACACCGUCAUUCAGGAGGAGGUGAGCAGCGACAACGAUACAUUGCCCAUGUUCGAGGGAAAAGUCAUGGCGCGAGUCAAAGCGAUCGAGUGA